AUGGCACAAGAUACGUGGAGGAUUGUAGCUGCUACUGUAGCGUUCACUGUAACCGCCACAAAGUGUGCGGAAUAUUUAUGGAACUGCCGCCAAGCUAGACUGCCGCAAUCCAAGCCACAUAAGAAUCUUCAAGCUGAACAGUACGAUGAUGACCUUUUUCGCGAACAACUAGCUCGUAACUAUGCAUUUUUGGGGGAAGAAGGUAUGCAAAAGCUCAAGGAGCAGUACGUUGUGGUUGUUGGUGCUGGUGGUGUUGGAUCGUGGGUUGUUACUAUGCUCGUUCGUUCAGGAUGUUGUCGUAUCCGUGUGAUCGAUUUUGAUCAAAUUUCAUUGAGUUCUUUGAAUAGGCAUAGUUGUGCUGUUUUGAAAGAUGUGGGCACUCCAAAAGUUGAAUGUCUAAAAAUGCAUAUGCAAGAAAUUGCACCCUGGUGUAAAGUGGAAGCCAUUAAUCAAUUAUGGACCAAAGAUAGUGCCGAAGAGUUAUUACUAAGUGGUGGAGAACCCUCGAUUGUUGUUGAUUGUAUCGAUAACAUCGAUACGAAAGUUGAUCUACUGGAAUUCACCUACAAGAGAAAUUUACCUGUGAUUUCCUCCAUGGGUGCUUCCACUAAGAGUGAUCCUACGAGAAUUAAUAUUGCUGACAUUACGGCAACGGAAGAGGAUCCACUUGCAAGAACAGUAAGACGUUUACUAAAGAAAAGAGGUAUCAAUACUGGUAUCCCAGUUGUAUUUAGUGCCGAGAAGCCAGAUCCACGUAAAGCUAAAUUGUUACCCCUACCUGAUGAAGAGUAUGAGAAGGGUUCUGUGGGAGAAUUAAGUGCAUUAAAGGAUUUCCGCGUUAGAAUUUUGCCUGUGUUGGGGACCAUGCCAGGUAUAUUUGGAUUAGCAAUCGCUACUUGGAUUCUAACUAAAGCUUCUGGUUACCCCAUGAGUCCGAUUGAAGGCAAGAAUAGAAUCAAAGUUUAUGACGGUAUUUAUCAAUCGUUAGCGGGCCAAAUGAGUCGUAUUGGCAUGCCAGAUCAAAGAGUACCAGUUUCUGUCUUCGAAAUUGGUUAUAUCCUCGAGGAAGUGUUUAGAGGUAAAUCUCCGGUGAGUGGAUACUCAACUAGAUUGACACUUUCUAAGUGGGAUCCUUCUAAACCUGUAUCCUUACAAAAUGUAGUCAUUUUGACCAAAGAAGAACAGAAUGUACACGAAAGACGUGUGCUUAACGGUGGUGAAAAAAUAGAAGAUGUUUAUCCACCAGAAGUAUUGGAAUUGAUCAAUAAAAGAUUCCAAGAGGAGAAAUAUUACUCUCAGUACAGAUAG